AUGGCCUAUAUCUUGAAAGCUUGCAACCGAGUUCCUUCACGAGGAGUCCUCGGAGGUAAGCGCCGACUGGCCGCGAAUCUUCAAACUGUUCCUCCAGGUCCGAAACCGAUUCGUCUGGUUGGCUGCAGGACUUGUCGCCGUAUUGGCAUACCUUAUGCUCAGAGCUCGGAUACCACAGAACGUCGUAUCAGUCGACGGAUUUCGGCAUCAGCCCGGCUUUUUGUAACCCAAAAUAACCCUCGUCUCCAAGGUGCAUUGUCUGAACACGCGGCCCAGUCACGUUUCCAGUUCCGGUCGCUGGCUACUAUUGCCACUACCACAACCCCUACGACACACCAGCUACCUGGCUCAAUGACUAUACCAACUGGAGCUGAGGCAUUUGACACCCGCAAUUUUGAGUUAUUGCAAAGGGUAAAGCUAGAUUAUGCGGAUGUCGAGGCAACUCCAAUCGUGAAAGGCUAUUUUGUUGUAGCCACAGAAAUUUUCAACGAUUCGGGAUGCCCACAUACACUCGAACACCUUGUCUUUCUCGGAUCUGAGCAGUACCCUUACAAAGGUGUCCUCGACAACCUUGCCAAUCGCGCCUUCUCACAGGGUACAAAUGCAUGGACUGACACGGACCACACGGCGUACACAAUUUCGACAGCGGGGAGCCAAGGUUUUUUGCAACUCUUGCCGGUGUACGUGGAUCAUAUUCUUUAUCCUAGGAUUACGGACGCGGAUUUCGUUACCGAAGUCCAUCAUAUCAAUUCAAAAGCGGAAGAUGCAGGAGUCGUGUACAGUGAGAUGCAAGGGAGGCAGAACACUGCUGGAGACUUGAUGUAUCACAAGCUCCAAACGUUGUUCAAUCCGCCAGGAAGCGCAUACCGUAGCGAAACAGGAGGACUAAUGGAGGCGUUGAGGAUACUCAAAGUGGAUCAAAUUCGGGAUUACCACAAAUCUUAUUACGUUCCACACAACCUCUGUCUUAUUGUCUCUGGUAAACUCCAGACCUCGGAACUCUUGCACGUCUUGCAAACCAAGGUCGAACCCCGUAUCCUUGAACAUGGGCAGGUCAAACCCUCCACCUGGAAGCGUCCUUUUAUUGAACCCCGAGUGCACAAAAGCCAGCAUGAGAGUGCCGGGGAGGUUGCAGUUUCAUUCCAAGGUCCAGAACCAGAAAAAUUUACUGAAUUAAAGGCUAUGGAACUGCUUGGCCUUUAUCUGACGGACUCACCCGUUUCGCCGCUGACAAAAGAAUUUGUGGAAAACGCCAACCCCCUCUGUACAUCUAUUUAUUGUGACAACAAUGAGCGGGCAACAUUUACUUCGAGUAAUAUUUAUUUUAGUUCGGUUCCAACGGAACAACUGGACGCUCUUCAUGAGAAAGUUAUUGCCAAAUUGAAACAAAUUGUUGCCGAGGGUAUAGAUAUGGAUCGGAUUCGGUUGGUGAUCAAACGCGACAAGCUCAAGCUUAAGAGCAUGCUCGAGUCCGAUGGUGGAGAUGUUUUCUCCAACGGGCUAAUCACAGACUUUUUGUAUGGAAAAGAAGACGGAAGUGAUAUCGCACCUUCAUUGGCUGAAAUGCAGCGCUAUGAAGAGCUCGAAAAUGAUACUGGAUUGAAAGUCCUUCAGUCAUACUCAGCGAAAGAGACUGGACCUGAGGGCAUCGCGAAACUGGAAGAAGAGUUGAACAAAGCCAAAGCUGAACACGACAGACCGAUUCCACAGGACAUGCUUACGAGUUUCCCAGUGCCUGAUGUGAAGGGCAUCUCGUGGAUUCCGGUCCAAAGCGCUAGGAAUGAUCCUUUUUCAGCCAAGUCUGCGAAGAAGAAUGAGUUGAAUGAACAUUUGGAUAAGGAUCCCAUCGAUUUGCCAUAUUUCGUACAAUACGAUCAUGUCCAAUCUGAUUUUGUCACGAUAUCCGCAUAUCUAUCUACCACAUCAUUACCAGAGCGUCUACGCCCGUAUAUUUCUCUUUACCUUAGCUCGUUCUUCGCACUUCCAGUCACUCAGUUAGACGGCACCAAGAUUUCGCACGAAGACCUUGUUAAAAAGCUUGACGAAGUGACGGUAGCCUACGAUGCCAAUUGCGGAAUUUCUGGAUAUUUUGCGGACACUGUUCGCAUCAGCAUUAAGGCAGAAGUUUCUCAAUACGAUGCGGUCGUUGGUCUCUUGAGAGAUUUGUUGUAUUCUCCAGAAUAUGUCAAGGAUCGUCUCGAGGUCAACGUAGCUAAAAUUCUUCAAUCUCUCCCGGAGCAAAAACGAGACGGAAACACGAUCAUGACUGCGAUCUCAAAUUCCUUGACCUUCGAAACGUCCAAGUCCGUCUCUAAUGCUGGGGGCAUUAUUACUCAAAUGGAAUUUAUCCCUGAGCUGGCCAAGAAGCUUCAGGAGAGCCCAGACGAGGUUGUGAAAGACAUGAAAGAAUUCCGCGAACACGUUACUAACCCGCAUGGCAUUCGGUUUACUGUUGGAGGCAACGUCCUUGCAUUGGAACAACCUCGUUCUGCAUGGAAGAACAAAUUUGAGCAAAUCAAGACCGAUUCAUUGGAGCCCGUUUCCUGGUCCAAGGACGUGCUCUCAGCUCUAGGUGAAGACCCAAAGAAGAAAGCUGUCGUGGUAUCUAUGCCUACCAUUGAAAGCUCGUAUGCUAUGCACACUGCACAAGGUGUAGUCGGAUUCGAUCACCCUGACUACCCGGCUCUACGUCUGGCUUGUGAGGUUUUGGACGGCACAGAAAGUUUCUUGUGGAAACUCAUCCGAGGAAGUGGGUUGGCGUAUGGAGCGAAUAUGUCUCUCGAUGCAGAAUCUGGGCUCUUGAGCUUCCUCCUCUAUCGAGCACCGGAUAGCUAUAAAGGCUUCCAGGCCGGGGCCAAGGCGGUCCGAGGACUUGUGGAUGGGACGAUCGAACUUGAUGAGACCGCGCUUGAUGCAGCCAAGAGCAGCCUGGUCUUUUCUCUAACCCGAAGAGUCGCGUCGCCUGGCAAAGCGGCACUGGAUUCAUUUGUGAAUCAAGUGUUGAAGAAAGUUCCCCAAGAUCAUGGGCGCGAACUCCUCGACCGAAUUCAAGCGGUCGACCUAGAGGGCGUACGGAGGGCACUAAAGACUCAAGUUCUACCAUUGUUUGAUCCUGCCACAUCGAUUGCAGUGGUAGCGAGCUCUGCAUCCAAAUCAUCAGAUAUUGCGGAAGGACUCAAGAGCUCUGGAUUUGAUGUUGAACUUCGCACGCUCGAUUUAUCUGGUGAUGAGGACACCGAUGAUUCAGGCAGUGAGGGUGGGAACUCGGAAGCUUCACCUGAGGGAGUAACACAUAGAAAUAGUCGCGUAUCCAGUCUUUGGAACUUCACUUUGUUUCAGCUCUUCCUCCCUCCAACUUCACGACUGUUCACUAUGCCUGCAUACGUUCAACGCCCCGCGCCUGCCUUUUCGACUACUGCGGUUGAAGACGGUAUGUUCAAGGAAAUUUCUCUCAAGGAUUAUCUGGGAAAAUGGGUGGUACUUUUCUUCUGGCCCAUGGACUUCACGUUUGUCUGUCCUACCGAGAUUCUUGCGUUCAACCGCGCUCUUCCCAGGUUCCACGAACUGGGUGUCCAGCUUAUUGGUGUCUCUACCGACUCUGAAUAUGCUCAUUUGGCAUGGGCGAACACGCCCGCAAAGGCCGGUGGUAUUGGUCCUGAUAUGAAGAUCCUGCUCGCCUCGGACAAGAGUCAUAAGAUCUCCCGAGACUAUGGCGUCCUUAUUGAGGACGAAGGAAUUGCGCUACGUGGCUUGUUCAUUAUUGACCCGAAGGGUAUCCUUAGGCAAAUCACGAUUAAUGACUUGCCCGUCGGACGUUCGGUGGAUGAAACUAUUCGCUUAGUGGAAGCGUUCCAAUUUACGCACGGGGAGGUAUGCCCGGCAAACUGGAACAAGGGUGACAUCACGAUCAAACCCGACCCUACCAACUCCCUCGAGUAUUUUGCUGCUGCCAAUCCUCAAGAUCGUGUCGCCGAGGCCGAUGACGGUGCCUCUAAGAAGGCCAAGGCGAACUAA